UUCCUGUAGGCAGCAGGCAGGCAGUCAACAGAACAGAGACAUUUUGUCUCCCAGCACUCAACGCAAAACCCUUCUUGUUUUAUCAAACCCUCCCUGGACCCCAGGCUAUAGCAGGGUUUCUAGGCUAUACUGUAAUAUUCCCUCUAGCGGUCGUGAUGUUCUUUCUACCUUGAGUCUUCUUCCUGCUUGGAGGGAGGAAGGGAGAAAAGAAGGGAAGUGGGUUGGCAGCUGGUCUGUGACAGACAGAGAGAGACAGAGCCAGAGCUGGAAGACAAGACAAUUAACAGAAGAGGAGAGCAGAGCAAACAAGCUUCUUAAACCGGACGGGGCAUUAAAGAGGUGUUGCUAUACCCGUCUCCGGGACUCUGUGUUUGGGCUCGUUUUGAGAGGCGAUCCGAGCAGGCUGGUCCCAGGCAGGAGGCACCAUGUCCGGGGCCUCUGUGAAGGUGGCGGUGCGGGUCCGCCCCUUCAACUCCAGAGAGAUGGGGAAGGACAGCAAAUGCAUCAUCCAGAUGUCAGGAAACACAACCACCAUCCUGAACCCCAAGCAGCCUAAAGAGAAUAAGAGCUUCAACUUUGAUUACUCCUACUGGUCACACACCUCGCCCGAGGACAUCAACUUUGCUGGCCAGCAGCAGGUGUACAAGGACAUUGGUGAGGAGAUGCUGCUCCAUGCCUUCGAGGGAUACAACGUCUGUAUCUUUGCCUAUGGCCAGACCGGAUCUGGGAAGUCCUACACCAUGAUGGGCAAGCCGGACUUGAAGGACCAGGAAGGAAUUAUCCCUCUGAUGUGUGAAGACCUUUUCACCAAGUUCAACGACUGUAAUAAUGACAACACCAAGUCCUACUCUGUGGAGGUGAGCUACAUGGAGAUCUACUGUGAGCGUGUGCGUGACCUCCUGAACCCUAAGAACAAGGGGAACCUGCGUGUGAGGGAACACCCCCUGAUGGGGCCCUACGUAGAGGACCUGUCCAAGCUGGCCGUCACCUCCUACAACGACAUCCAGGACCUCAUGGACUCUGGAAACAAGGCCAGGACGGUGGCCGCCACCAACAUGAACGAGACCAGCAGUCGCUCCCACGCCGUGUUCAACAUUAUCUUCACCCAGAAACGCCUCGACGCUGAGACUGAUAACACCUCAGAGAAGGUCAGCAAAAUCAGCCUGGUGGAUUUGGCCGGCAGCGAGAGGGCAGACUCCACAGGCGCCAAGGGGACCCGGCUCAAGGAAGGAGCGAACAUCAACAAAUCACUGACCACUCUGGGGAAAGUAAUCUCUGCUUUGGCCGAAGUGGAUUCUGCACAAAAUAAGAACAAGAAGAAAAAGAAAGUGGAGAGUCACAUUCCUUACAGAGAUUCUGUGUUGACCUGGCUACUGAGAGAGAACUUAGGCGGAAACUCUCGUACUGCCAUGGUUGCUGCUCUCAGUCCAGCUGACAUCAACUAUGAUGAGACUCUCAGCACACUCAGGUACGCAGACCGAGCCAAACAGAUUCGCUGUAAUGCUGUGAUCAACGAGGACCCGAACAAUCGAUUGGUUCGUGAACUGAAGGAGGAGGUGGGCCGUCUGAGAGACUUGCUCCUAUCCCAGGGCUUGGGAGACAUCCUUGAGAUGACCAAUGCCAUGACGGGGAUGAGCCCCUCCCCCUCUCUGUCCGCCCUAUCCAGUCGAGCCGGAUCCAUCGCCAGCCUCCACGACCGCAUCAUGUUCAGCCCCGGAAGCGAGGAGGCCAUCGAGAGACUCAAGGAAACAGAGAAGAUCAUUGCGGAGCUCAAUGAGACCUGGGAGGAGAAACUUCGCAGAACAGAAGCCAUCAGAAUGGAAAGAGAGGCCCUGCUGGCUGAGAUGGGUGUGGCUAUGAGGGAAGACGGAGGAACCGUGGGCGUGUUCUCCCCCAAGAAGACUCCUCACCUGGUGAACCUCAACGAGGACCCCCUGAUGUCAGAGUGCCUGCUGUACUACAUCAAAGAUGGUGACACCAAGGUCGGUCGUGUGGACGCCAGCAGCAGACAGGACAUUGUCCUCAGUGGUCACUUCAUCAAGGACGAACACUGUACAUUUACCUCUACAACGGGACCCAUUGGAGAAGUAGCAGUCACCCUGGAGCCCUGUGAGGGAGCUGAGACCUACGUCAACGGGAAGAGGGUCACCGAGGCUACAGUCCUCAAAUCAGGGAACCGUAUUAUUCUGGGUAAGAGCCACGUGUUCCGGUUCAACCACCCAGAGCAGGCGCGCCAGGAGCGGGAGAAGACGCCCUGCGCUGAGACCCCCGUGGAGCCGGUAGAUUGGGCCUUCGCACAGAGAGAACUGCUGGACAAACAGGGCAUCGACAUGAAGCAGGAGAUGGACCAGAGGCUUCAGGAGCUGGAGGACCAGUACCGUAAAGAGAGAGAAGAGACACACAACCUGCUGGAACAGCAGAGGAUGGAUUAUGAGAGCAAGCUGGAAGCCCUUCAGAAACAGGUGGACCGAUAUUACCCUGAGGUAGUAGGAGAGGAAGAGGAGGAGCCUGAGGAGGAAGUGCAGUGGACGGAGAGGGAGGCGGAGCUAGCCCUGUGGGGUUUCAGGAAGUGGCGCUGUUACCAGUUCACCUCCCUCAGAGACCAGCUGUGGGGAAAUGCCAUCUUCCUCAAGGAGGCUAACGCCAUCAGCGUGGAACUCAAGAAGAAGGUCCAGUUCCAGUUUGUGCUGCUGACCGACACCCUGUACUCCCCCCUGCCCACUGACCUGCUGCCCCCUGAGGCAGCCAAGGACAGAGCGACUCGCCCGUUUCCCAGGACCAUCGUAGCUGUGGAGGUUCAGGACCAUAAGAAUGGGGCCACCCACUGCUGGACCCUGGAGAAGCUCAGGCAGCGUCUGGAGCUGAUGAGAGAGAUGUAUGACAGAGCAGCGGAGGUUCCCAACAGCACAAUAGAAGACUGUGAGAACGUCAUGACCGGAGGAGACCCCUUCUACGACCGCUUCCCCUGGUUCCGUCUGGUCGGCAGCAACCCCCUUUUCAACGUGUGCAUGAGCGAGCGCAUGAGUGAUCCCACUCCCUCCCCCACUCCUUCUCCCACCCUCUCCACCUCCGAGCUAACUGAGCUGGCCGACACUCGGCCGGAGGGGCGAGGAGGGGAGGAGGAGUUGGAGGCUUUGGGGGAUCUGGACGAUGAUAUCUUUUUGGACGACCCGUUCUCGGAGCUCGAUGAUGAUGAUGAUGAUGAUGAGGGAGAGCUGUGCCGAGGCGGCUCCAGCGAAGGCCUGGAUCCCUUUUAUGACCGCUCUCCGUUAUUCAGUGUAGUGGGAAGAGCCUUUGUGUACCUGAGUAACCUGCUGUACCCUGUGCCCCUGGUCCAUCGUGUGGCCGUCAUCAGUGAGAAGGGAGAGGUCAAAGGAUUUCUCAGGGUGGCUGUACAGGCAAUCUCAGCUGACGAGGAGGCACCUGACUACGGCUCCGGUGUCCGUCAGUCUGGCACUGCCAAGAUCACCUUCGAGGACCGGGAGUUUGAGAAGGCUGAGUCGUGCCCCACUGGUCUAUCCCAUACCGGGGAGUCCCAGGAAGAGCUGCGUUUCGUGGAAGGGGAGGGGCAGAACUCAGGGAUGGAACCCUCGGCCGAUGAGGUCAACAACAACAAUUGUGCGGCCAGUCCAGAUGAGUUGGAGAGCCCCCUGAAGACCAACCUGGAGGGAGGAGCUCUGGACGGAACCCUGGAACACCUGAGAAUAGGUAACAUCUUCACCUUCAGAGUGACGGUCCUCCAGGCCUCGAGCAUCUCCGCAGAGUACGCGGACAUCUUCUGCCAGUUCAAUUUCAUCCACUGUCACGAUGAGGCCUUUUCCACAGAGCCUCUGAAGAACACAGGGCGAGGCCCUCCUCUGGGCUUCUACCACGUACAGAACAUUGCUGUAGAGGUCACCAAAUCCUUUGUGGACUAUAUCAAGACCCAGCCUAUGGUGUUUGAGGUGUUUGGUCACUACCAGAGACAGCCCUUCCCUGCUCUGUGCAAGGACCUGAUCAGCCCUCUGCGUCCCUGCAGAAGGCAGUUCCCCAAAGUCAUGCCCCUGUCCAAACCAGUCCCUGCCACCAAGCUGACCACCCUGCUGCGCCCUACAGCCGGGCCCUGUCACUGCAAGUAUGACCUCAUGGUGUUCUUUGAGAUCUGCGAACUGGAGGCCAGUGGAGACUACGUCCCAGCAGGAGUGGACCACAGAGGAGGCAUGCCUUGCCAUGGGACAUUCAUGCUGCACCAGGGUAUCCAGAGGCGCAUCACUGUGACCAUCGUUCAUGAGACAGGUGGAGACAUCGAGUGGAAGGAUGUCCGGGAACUGGUUGUGGGUCGUAUUCGCAACUCUCCCGAGGGGGACGAUGCCAUCAUAGACCCCAACAUCCUGUCACUCAACAUCCUGUCGGCUGGGCAUGUCAAGCCCAUGCAGGAGGACAGACAGUUUCUUGAUUCGGACAUGCCUAGGACAUUCUAUCGCUUCGAGGCUGCCUGGGACAGCGCCAUGCAUAACUCCCUCCUCCUGAACCGGGUCACUCCUUAUGGAGAGAAGAUCUACAUGACCUUGUCGGCCUACCUAGAGAUGGAGAACUGCACCCAGCCAACAGUCAUAACCAAAGAUUUCUGCAUGGUGUUCUACUCUCGAGACGCUAAACUCCUGGCCUCCCGCUCCAUCCGAAACCUGUUUGGCACAGGAAGCCUGAGGGCAGUGGAGGGUAACCGGGUGACAGGUGUGUACGAGGUCAGCCUAUGUCACCUGGCCGAUCAUGGGAGUCCAGGUAUGCAGAGGAGACGUCGACGGGUGCUGGACACCUCGGUGGCGUACGUCCGCGGGGAGGAGAACCUGGCUGGGUGGAGGCCUCGCAGUGACAGCCUCAUCCUGGACCACCAGUGGGAGCUGGAGAAACUCAGCCUCCUGCAGGAGGUGGAGAAGACGAGACACCGCCUGCUCCUGAGGGAGAAGUUAGAGUCCACCCUGCUGCUGGGUCAGGAGGGGUUGUUGUCCUGUGUAGGUGAGGAGCAGAGUGAGUCCCCUCAACCCUCUGAGGAUCUCGGCCUCAGUCCCACCGUUGAUGCCCCCAAUGAGAGGCAGAGGGAGCUUGCCAUUAAGUGUCUUCGGCUGCUCUCCCACUCCUUCAACAGAGAGUACAGCCACGUGUGUGUCAGCGCCAGUGAAAGCAAGCUGUCUGAGAUGUCAGUGACUCUGCUGAGGGAGUCGACCUCUACCACGGCCCUCAACACCCUCACCCCCUCCUCGACGUGCCCCUCACUGGUGGAGGGAUGCUACCCCAAGUCCGAAGGGCUCAGAACACCCACGCCUCGUUCCCGCUGCGCCAGCCCCAACCCUGACUGCUCACAACGGGACAGAGAGGUCAAGAUGUCCCCUGGCCCCAGUGGGGUCGCAGCCCCGGAGGUUAAGCCCAGGGAACGCCGCUUCGUUCCAGACAUCCAGGAGAUCCGGGUCAGCCCCAUCGUGUCAAAGAAGGGCUACCUGCAUUUCCUGGAGCCUCAUAGCAACGGCUGGGUGAGGCGCUAUGUGGUGGUGAGACGUCCGUACGUCUAUAUCUACAAUACAGAGAGAGACAGCGUGGAGAGAGCCAUCCUCAACCUCUCCACUGCCCAUGUCGAGUACAGCGAGGACCAGCAGGCCAUGCUCAAGACACCAAACGCGUUUGCUGUGUGUACUGAGCACCGCGGGAUACUGCUCCAAGCCAGCAACGACAAGGAGAUGCACGACUGGCUCUAUGCAUUUAACCCUCUCCUGGCUGGAUCCAUCAGAUCCAAACUAUCCAGAAGAAGAGCUGGACAGAUGAGGAUGUGAAUCAACGCGUUUCAUAGACAAGACAAUAGAACACCAAAAGACUAGCCUGUAUAUCGACUCCAGACGUAAUACUCCUUUCCCUCCUGUGCUGACCCCUUAACCCUCCUCCUCCUCCACUUCCUCCUCCUACACUAGUAACCAACUUGCUCCUCCUCCUCCUCCUCCUGCACACGCCCAGUUUACCCCAAGCUGACCACCAGCGUAUCUAAGGCCCUGAGGCCUCCGUCAUCGUUGUGUGUCUGUCAGGCCUGUACCGCUGUCUGUCUGUGUUGGCCUUAUUGUCUGGUUUAACCCCUCUCCAAGUCUGAGGCCCAAAUACUACCCUAUUCCCUAUAUAGUGCAUUGCUUUUUACCAGGGCCUAUAGUGCUGGUCAUAUCUACUGUAAGAAGGGCCUAUAGGGCUGGUCAUAUCUACUGUAAGAAGGGCCUAUAGGGCUGGUCAUAUCUACUGUAAGAAGGGCCUAUAGUGCUGGUCAUAUCUACUGUAAGAAGGGCCUAUAG